AUGCGGGCCUUUGGUCUUGCCAGAAACAUGAAAAGGGCCUUUUCCCGCAGUUUCCAGCUUUCCAGACACCUUCAUAUGGGUUUAACAAGGCUUAAUGAGAAGAGUUCAAGUAUCGCGAGCUUAAGUGCAAAUCUCACUAAACCUGGUGAAAAAGGGGCCAUAGCUGAUUUGAAAGACGAUUUACCGGGCAAUUUCAUUGAUAAGUUGCCCGAACAAUUGAUCUCAGAGGGGAACGGAUUAAAAUCCACACGAGCAGAACACCAAGUCGACACAUUGAAAUAUUACGAUGAACUUCUCAAAUCCGGAUUUACUCCCCAGCAAAGCAAGGCCAUAAUCCAACUUUUGCUUGAAUCUCUUAACGAGGAGUUUUUCGAGCAAUAUAAUGUCAAAUUCUUGAGAAAUAUGGAACUCGAGAAUCAAUCGCAUUUGUUCAAUGCAGCAGAAACGGAAGUCAAGUUCGCUAUCCAAAAUUCGAGAGAAACGGCAUUGAACGAACAAAAUUUGAAACUCUUGAAACUGAAUCGAGAUUUGCAAUCUAUGCAUGACGACCUUAACGAACUCAUCAUCAAUUUGUUGAAAAAAGACUCCCGAGUUGAUUUCAACGAUCAUAAAACUGAAAACACGCUCCAGCAACGUAGUAUCAGUUUGGAUUUAAAAGACUGUAAUAAUAAAAUUGGUACUAAGAUUAUUGGGAACGUAAAAUCGGAAAUUGAGAACCUGAGAUGGCAAACUACCAGAAGCGGGCUCUUCGCAGUGAUCAUCUUGGUAUUUUUCAUAAUGAGCGGUGUCAGUAUAUCUAAACGAAUAUCUGUUGAAAGCGAAAAACCCGUUGAAGUCAUUUUGCAUACAAUAGAGCCAGAAGAAAGCGAGGCCACGGGCUGGCCGGAGGAUCCGGAACCCAAUUCUACAUAA